UAUUUUAUUUUAAGGCUUGUUGCGACAUAACGCUCUUCAUUCAAACGAACUGAAACGACAUAUCGCAGAACCAAGGGUUUCGUUUCUUCUCUCGCAACUUUCAUUCCUUCUGCUUGCAGAUUUCUGCUGCUAAACUGAUGAAUCAAGCGCCAAAAUCCCUAUGAAUCAAUCAUCUACCGUUUCAAUUUUCCGAAACCUCGCAGUAGCUGGCUUGGAAUGAUGGAUUCGAACUUACCGUCUCCAGCUCAUGUCAAUUCUGAUACAAAAAAUGCAUUUCGCAAGCCUUCUGGUGAUGCAGCUAAUAGGAAUUAUCGGCGUCGGUCACCUAUUGAGGGAUCACCCCCAUCUGAUGUUAGUCCUAGGCAUGGACAUAGCUCAAGUCCAAAUCCAGUAAGAGAAAAUUCUGCAAGAGUCUCUCACCAUCAUUCAAGGAAGUAUGAUGACAGGGAACAAGGCCAACAAUAUGGAAGAAAUCACUAUGGAAGAAGCAGUGAUUCUCUUAGACAUUCUGAUAGGCAGUCAUCCAAGAGUUCCUAUGGUCACUUUCGGCAUGAGAAGUAUGCCAAUGAAGAUAGAUAUCGUGAGAGGCCAUUGUCUCGUUCUGGACAUGAGUCAAGGGAUGGUCAUAUGAGAGAUGAGAGUGAUAGCAGGUCAAAAAACUACCAGCACGGUGUGGACAAGUAUUCACGUGACAAAUAUGACAGGUCUGAUCAUAGAAGCAAAGAAAAACGUAGAGAAACAUACUUGGAGCAUCAGAAAUAUAAAGAUAUAGAUUCUUCAUAUGACAAAUCUGUAUCUGGCAAGAGGCUUGCACUGUAUGGUGAGGUGGAGAAGGAGGGGCGUUCAAGGGACUGGGAUGGUCGAAAUGAAAGAAGAGAUUCCCGCAGAAGUUCAGGGGAUUACAGAAGUGAGCAAGCAGUCUGCUAUUCAGAUUCAUGGAACCAAAGGGAUGACUCAGGUCCACAAAGAGAUGGCAAAUUUAGUCUGAAAGAAGCUUACAAGAGUGAACAGGAGUCAAAUGAUCAAAACCAUCCAUGGGAAGGAAAAAGAAAACAUGAUGACCCUGAGAUUGGGAAGGGCAAAGACUGGAAAACUAGGAAAACAGGCGAGCAGUAUGGUAUUGAAGAUAAAGAAUCUUCUGGAACAAAACUAAAGUUGUUUGAUCCUGUCAACGAUGACAAUUAUAAAAAAGAUGCUGAUGAAAGUAAGACUUCAAGUUCAAAGCUUUCUCAUGAGAACAAGGCAGAUUUACAGGCUGCCAAGACCAGUGGCUUUGAUGGUGACAAUGAUCUGGAUGCUGCAAAAGUUGCAGCCAUGAGAGCUGCUGAAUUAGUUAAUAGGAACUUAGUUGGGGCUGGUUGCUUGACUACUGACCAAAAGAAGAAAUUGUUGUGGGCUGGCAAAAAGAGUACACCAACUGAAGAGUAUGGGAAUCAUCGUUGGGAUACAGCUAUGUUUUCUGAUCGUGAGCGGCAAGAGAAAUUCAACAAACUCAUGGGUGUGAGAGGCGAAGCUAAAGUGGAGCAGAAUUCCAACCAAGACACUCUCCGAGCUGAGAAGCAGAAGGAAGUUCAGAUCGAUCUAGAGAAACAAUACACUGCAGGUCUUCGACGAAGAGAUGGCCGCACAGUUGGCUUAGGCCUUUAAACGUUCACUUAUGUUUCAAGUAUCACCCCGUGUUUGUUUGGGAGUUUAUAUAUCUGCAUCAUCACUUAGCAGCUAGUGGGAUUUCCUGAUCUAGACAGGCCAUGUUAUUUCUACGGAAUUUCUUAUCGUCAUUGUACCUAAAUUUUUGUUUUUAUAUCAAACUGGCUUGGCUUAGGUAAUUUGGUUUUCUUAAACCCCUGAUUUUAUUUCUGUUACCGGGUUGGAAUGAAAUAUGUCUAGCAGAUGCAACAAGUCUACUGGAUUAUGAAUUUUCAAGUCAUUCCGGAUAUUGUUAAUUGUCUGUCAAUUUGAGAAAUCAACUAUUAGGAAUGGGUUUUCAUAAUGCGUCA